AUGGGGGGUGUCAUUAAGCAGAUCGACCUGAGUGUUCUGACUGCAGCUGCACUGGAAGAGUCCCACAAAGAAGUGGGCGUUCUGCGGCAAUUGUCACACAGACACAUCGUCGCGUAUUAUGACACAUUUGUGAGGAGUAAUGCACUCUACAUCGUGAUGGAGUAUGCUGACGGUGGAGACCUAACAAACCUGAUCCGAAAGCACAAGGAUGACAACGAGCCCUUUACCGAGACAGAUGCAAUGACCAUCUUUAGCCAAUGCCUACUAGCGCUUCAGUAUAUCCACUCGAAGCAUAUACUUCACAGAGACAUCAAAUCCCAGAAUAUUUUUAUGAUGCAAUCUGGUGAUGCCAAGAUAGGCGAUUUCGGCAUCUCGAAGGUUAUUGAAGGUACCACUGCUGCAGCUGGAACGGUCGUGGGCACUCCGUCCUACUUUGCGCCGGAGAUUUGCGAGGACAAGCCUUACAACUCCAAGAUCGAUGUGUGGUCUAUGGGCGUGGUGCUCUACGAGCUCCUGGCGCUGGCCCAGCCCUUCGCCGCUUCGAACGUGGCGGCCUUGAUCAUGAAGAUCGUGAACGCGGAGCCACCCCCGCUGCCGGAGCCAUGGCGCGACGAAGUGCGGGAGGUGGUGUCGCGGGCCCUCAACAAGAACCCCGAGGAGCGCGCCAGCGCUGAGGAGUUGCUGGCGCUGCCCCCGGUAAGCUGCACGGUCGCACCAAAUGCAGACCUGACCAUGACUCUCUCUAUGGAGCAGUUUGAGAAGAUUCAACAGCUCGGAAGGGGAGCACACGGCGUCGCCUAUUUGGUGAAGCAGAAGUUUGCUGGAAGCGCUGCCGCCCUCCGUGUGGUCAAGACAGUUGAAGUCAGCCGUAUGGACGCGGCUUCGCAGAAGGGUGCGAAAGACGAAGUGGCGCUCCUGCGGCGGUUGGCCCACCCGCACAUCAUCGCCUACUACGAUGCGUUUUUCGAGGCUGAGCAACUGAACAUUGUCUUGGAGUACGCGGAUGGAGGCGAUCUGUUUACUGCGGUGAAGAGGCGAAAGGAGGAGGAAUCGACCUUUACCGAUGAAGAGGCCAUGACGUGGUUUCGGCAGUGCCUAUCUGCCCUCGGCUACAUCCAUAAAAAGAAGAUCCUCCAUCGUGACAUCAAGACGCAGAAUAUAUUCCUCAUGAAAUCUGGUGAUGCGAAGCUUGGAGAUUUUGGAAUCUCCAAAGUUAUGGAUGGGACCAUGGCCGAAGCUGGAACAGUGGUUGGGACGCCUGCAUAUUUGGCACCAGAGAUUUGCCAGAGCACUCCAUAUGGCAGCCGCAUCGACGUGUGGUCGCUGGGCACUGUGCUUUAUGAGCUUCUGGCUUUGAGGCAUCCAUUUCAGUGCAGCAACAUGGCGGCCACGGUGAUGAAGAUCAUCAGCAAGGAGCCUGAGCCCUUGCCGUCUUCAGUAAGCCCGGAGGUCGUCCAGAUUGUGCAACUCUGCUUGCAGAAGGACGCUUCCAAGCGGCCUUCGGCAAAGGAGCUGUUGGCACAUCCUGCAAUGAAGCGGUUCGGAUGCGAAACGCAGAGGCUCGACGCCACGCAGUCGUCUGACCUUGGUUCCAGCUGGGGCGGGGGCAAAAUUGUGGAGGAGGAUGGAGAGGGAACUUUUGAUGCAGGUGGCACCCGCAUGUACACGGCCGAGUUCUGCGUCGUUGAUCCAGAUGCCACUGGCGACAGAUCCCUGAAGGGGAUUCUGCAAGCCAACCUGGACGGCGACACGGCGGCCAGCACCAUGAUGGGCACCGUGAUCGGCGGCACCAUGAUAGGCACUACAGCCUUGUCCGCUACGGCUUCGCUGCAGGCCACUGUCUCGCCGGCCUCAGGGGCGGAGGGAUCCUUGCUCGGCACCUCCACACUGGUUCUGGCAAACCAGCAAGGCAAAAGCGGCACGGUGGUGCUCAGACGUGAAGAUGAGGACAUUCAAGAGGAGGAAGCAGAGGAAGCGAAGGAGGAGAUGUUCCGGACGCAGCAGGAGGCUGACGAAGAGAUACUCGAUGAAAGAAUCCUGAAAGCUAGAGCCGAGGCUGCUGCCUUCCAAGAAGAACAGCGCCUUUGGCGGAUGCAGAUUCAGCAAGAAGUGGAGGCUAAAGCACACGCAGAGCCAGCGUCGCGCCCAGCCUCCGGUUCCAAAACGCUUGGCCGGAAGACAAAAGGUGCCAGUGGCAAGGAAACGCAGCGGGACAGCUCUAAGGAAGGUGCUGCUGCUGAAAAGGAUGAGCUGUCACCGCAACAGAGGAUGCGCAAGGCAAAGGAAGAGGAGAGUGACCGGCAGAGAAAGAGGCUGGAGCAGGCUGCUCUCCAAAGCGCCCGAGAGAAUGCUCAGGCGAGAGAGAAGAUGAUGGCUCAGCAGCGCGGCACCGUCCGCGUGGUUGGCGGCGACAUGGAUGAUGGCGCGCCAUGGCAUCACAGGACAAGGAUGGAUGAGCAGGACGCUCUAGGAGCCUUUACUGCGACUCAGGCAGCGACGGCCCGAAACAUGUCCAAGGAAGCCAUGCGGCAGGGCAUCUCUGAGCCCCACCCCGCGGUGACCAGUCCUGGGCCCUUCCGCGGAGCUGGCUUUGCCAUCGCGGGCUCUGCAUCUACUGGAUCCGUAGGAAUGUCGCGGCCUGGCAGCGCAGGGAGCGCUUCUGAGAAGGGAAUGACGCUCGGUGCGCUCCAUGAAGGUCGGCCACAUGUUUCACCUGCUGCCAAACGGCAUGGUCAGGAUGCCCCCGUUCGCGGUGGGAUGAACGAGGUGGUUCGCCCUCGGGAGCAUACUAUUUGGAUGAAGCCACCGUAA